AUAGUGAUACCGAGUCUCCCUGGUCUUGGGUUUACAGAACCGCCAAAUGUGACCGGUGUUAGCCCUGCUGUCAUUGCUUGUGCUUACCACAAACUCAUGCUUCAGCUAGGAUACAAACGAUUUGUUAUUCACGGGGGGGAUUGGGGAGCUAUCAUUGGGUCUCUGAUGACUUACAUGUAUCCUGAAAGCGUUAUUGGACUUCAUACUACUAUGAAUCAAAUGAAAUUUGGUUGGAGACUAAUACUUCAAACCAUGGUUGGAGCUGUGUUUCCUUCUUUGGUGUACACCACUGAAAAAGAGAAAGGAGUUAUGCACCCUCUCUCCACAUUUGGUCAAAGAAUGUAUUACGAUAUGGCAUAUUUUCACGUGCAGUCUGUACUACCAGACUCCUACGGAUACGGCAUGGUCGACUCACCAGUCGGACUUAUUGGUUGGAUAGGAUCUACAUAUGCUAUGGUUAGCAGUUCAAGGGAUACAACUAAGAAUGCUAUGGAAAACAUGGAAGCUGGAAUAAAAUGCUUUGGAAUUGACAAUAUCUGUGCCAUGAUAAGCAUCAUUUGGUCUGUAAAAAGUGCACAAGCUUCAAUGAGGAUUUACCACGAAUUCUACACAAACGAUACAGAACUAUUUUCGAACUUGUUUAUUCCGAAUGUUCCUGUUGCAAUCUCUAAUUUCCCUAACGAGGUUAUGCAUUUGACUAAAUUUGCAACCAGGGCCACCUUCAACAACAUAAAACAGUACAACUACCAUAACCACGGAGGACACUUCUCCAACAUUGAUAAUACAGAGGCUGUUGUUGGGGAUCUGACCUCUUUUAUCCAGACAAUUCAAUAAACAGAGCUCUCUUGGACUGACUUUAGAUUAUUAAUAUCCUUACCUUAUUGAGAAAAUCGUCAGUCAUGAUCAUGAUUGAUAGUUAGUUUAUGAUAUAAAUUAUUAGUUUUGUUUUGUGAUUUUCAUUUUUAAAAAUAAACCAUUGACAUUGUGUGCAAAUUUACUGUUUGUUUUUAUAUUUUUGUAUUAUAAUAGUCAUUGAAAUUUUACAUAUUAUAAGUUUUACAGAUUACCUAUGAGCCUUCUAUCAUCA